AUGAAAGAAGGCCGUAUGCCAGCAAAUAGAUUAAGUGUUGAAAAACUACCUCGUUAUCGAAAUUCUCUUAACCAUCAAAGUUCUUUACCUACGAUAUUAAAUACUCAAAUGUCGUCAGUUAUCCAUGUAUCUGUUAGACCACGUCAAAGUGUUCGUUCAAUUUUAAAUCAUAAAGAUAAUAAGGAGAGUAAUAAUAGUUUGUCACAUUUAACAGUUCAUCAAAAUUAUAAUAGAUCAAAUAAAUCAGUUAUCGGGGAAGAUUCUAAUAAGCAAUUAACAAGUACAACACAUCCUGUUAGUGUAAUUAGAACUCUUCGCCCACCAUUCCAGUUUCAUCAAAAUCCAUCGAAAAGUAUUAAUAUUCCAAAUGAAAUAGGAAAAAAUAUUGAUCAUCAAAAUAAUAUUAAUAAUCAAUCGACAUCAAAUAUUCAUAUUAUAGAUAAAGAUCGGUCGGGAACAAUAGAAGCUUUAAGAAAUCCAAUAAAUGAUCAUCAUCGUUCAAUCAACAAUAAAAAGAAACAGAAUUUUAUUGAAUAUUGUUGUCGGUGUUCACGACGACGCGCACUACUGUCUUUUAUUACUCUUCUUUAUCUUAUACUUCUUGGUAUAAUUCUAGCUAUUAUUCUUAUUAUUCUAAUGAGAAAAACGAAAAAAACUACAAAUAUACCUUCUUAUCUUCGAUGGAAUACAAGUGGUAUAACUUUGUUUGGUACUGCAGGCAUAAGAGGAAAUACAUCGUAUCAGUUUUAUAAUCCUUGUAGUCUAGUAUUUGAUUCAUUUGGAGAUCUUUAUAUUAGUGAUACACUUAAUAAUCGAGUUCAAAAAUGUAAUAUCAGAAAUUUAACUUGUACAACAGUAGCUGGUCAAGCAAAUGCAGUGUCAGGAAUAAAUAUGAGCUAUUUGAAUUUUCAAACAUUUCUCUAUAUUGAUACAAAUAAUAAUUUAUAUAUAGCAGAUUCAGGUAAUCAACGAAUUCAAUUAUGGAACUAUGGUGCAACUUAUGGAAAACAAAUUGCGGGUAUUACAGGUUCUUCUGGUUCUGUAUUAAAUCAGUUUAGUGGUCCAUAUGGUAUUGAUAUAGAUCCAAAUUCUAAUGCAAUAUAUAUAUCUGACUUUAAUAAUCAUCGUAUUAUGAAAUAUUUUCCUGGUAAUUUAACAGGUAUGAUUAUUGCUGGCGGUCAUGGUUCAGGAAUAAAUAACACACAAUUAAGUUAUCCUAAUGGUCUUCUUUUCGAUUCAUCAACAAAUAGUCUUAUUAUUUCAAAUUAUGGUGCAAAUGAUAUUAUUCGAUGGAUAAUAGGUGAUUCUAAAUGGACAAUAAUUGCUGGAAGUUCAACAGGAUUAAGUGGUACUAGUUCAACACUUUUUAAUCAUCCAACAAGUGUUACAUACGAUCCAAUGGGUAAUAUGUAUGUAGCAGUUAUGUUUAAUCAUCGUAUACAGCUAUAUUUAGUUGGCCAAACAAAUGGAACAACAAUUGCAGGAAUUUCGGGUAUACCUGGAAAUAAUUCAACUAUGUUAUACUAUCCUAAAUCAGUUGCAUUUGAUAAUCAACUUAAUUUAUAUGUUGCGGAUGAAUUAAAUCAAAGAAUACAACAAUUUUUACGUUAUUAA